AUGAACAACGAGGAUUCUUCCUGGACGGUCCGUAGAUGGGCUAGGCAGCCUGUGCGGUAUGCCCCGCACUCAAACAGCCGCGACCCUGAGCGAGCAGCCUGGGUCUGCCAACGUUUUACCAUACCGAGUAAGAUUGUGCUUGGCACGACAACAGGAGAUAAAAAUCAGGUUCAUGAUCGUGCGCAACCUCCGACAGCGGCAUCAGCGUCCUCGAAUAGCAGCUCGUCUUCGAGCUCAACAGCUCUUGCGCUUGUUGUAAACAAUAGCGAGCAGCAGAAUACUAGAGACACGAAUUCCAACGUCCUGCCAUCCUUUAACGUAUGGUCAAAUCGAGCAGGGGAGCGGACUGUAAAGCUUCUCCAGAAGGAAGAAGAAAAUGGUAAUUAUGCGGUUGGAACAACAAGGACGGACAUUGUCGUAUUGGAUGUAGGCGAUAGUGGUGGUUCUUUGCUUCAAAAUGACGCUGAAGAUGGACAACCACAACGACCGGACAGGACACACGAGAUCCAAGAAUUGAAAAUAUCGACCUCUACCUCAUCCACGACAGGAGGAGCAUUUUCGACAUCGAACGUGUUUGGGCGUCAGAGAAUGCAGAUAUUAGCAACUGAAGAAGAGCAGGAGGAACUGGAUGACGAGGAUCUGGAAGAUGGAUUCGGGAAUCAAUCUCUUCUUGAAGGAGGAGGCGCUCAUUCAACACAUCAACCAGGAGCUUCAGCAUCUUCGUCGCAACCUGGUCCAGGUCAGAAGCGAGCACCGAAUACUUCAUCAUCCCUCCAAAUUGAAUCUCAGAUGAAUGACUUCCUAAACCCUCCAAAGGUUGUUUUCUUCGAAAAUCAGCAAGAACUACCUUGUCAGAAGCAGGACUCUAAUAUCAGUUCUCGUCUGUCUACUACUUCUUCUACAACUAGAGCGGAACAACAAGACAUCAACGUCUGCAUCCCCACAGGUGAAUACUCCUACACUACUCACGCGAUCGACAAGACCAUGUACAAGGACCUGCUCGUUAUGCUGCCUGGCUUGAACUACACUCCGGAAUAUGAGAAGCUGCUGCCUGCUUGGUUAGCGUUACGUCCCUCUAGACCAGACGAAGUCUACGCGACGGAAGGAAGGAACAAGGCUGCAGCCUCGAAGGAUAGCAAAAUAGUUGGCGGUGACGGAAACGCUUCAAUUAAGGCUCAACAUUUUUAUAGGAAUAACAAGUAAAUUUCAUUUUUACAACAAGUCAUUCGCAUUUCUCGGGAUAAAUUUCCUUCUUAGGAUUUGGAGAAAUGUAGGCCAGAAAUUUUUUGGAUUUUUGGAUUUCUAAUUCAAGUAUUAUAGGCGUAGGAGGAACUGGGCGGGGGCCUACAGCCGUAGGUGGACGAGGUGCCUCGACCACAGCAAGUGGAGGUGAUAUUGCCAGUGCUGGUAUCAUGCCUAAGAAUCCGAAAGCGAUUCAUCAAAUGAUGCGAGAAUUGAUCCAGCCUGUGGAACCAUACUUACUUUCUCAAAUGGGUGAGACGAUCACGCCAAUAUUGGAGUGUGAACAAAGGCCAUGGACUGAGAUGCUGUGGCAAGAAAUUGAAGACUUCACGACUGGUAGCGCUGGAGAUCUCAGAGAUGAUGAUGAUGUUGAUGCUGCUAGUAGGUGUACUAGACGAAGUACAACUUGUACUAGGUCAUCUUCAGUCAUUCGAAAUUUAGCCUGUUUCCCAGACUUAGUUUCAUGUUCAUCCUCGUGUAGAAGUGGGGGUGGAGCAGAUACCUCGAGUCUGCCGUUCUUUUUCGAAGAAUGGAUGCAAAAUCGCGCUUACUGUUCUGGGAUUGAACCUCUGCCAGCAAACGUGAAGGAUGUCGUGGUAUUUGGUGGCAGUUGUACUAGGCGAGAAGGUGGCAGUACGCGAGGAGACAGAAGGUUUUCAUCACUCGAGGACGAGAACAAGGAGGACGAGCUGGAAGCCUCACCUAGCAGUAAGUCUGGUAAGGCAUCCAAGUCAACAUCCAAGAACAAGAGUCCUGCUGCGAAAGCAAAAGCGUCGUCUUCAACAUCAGCAGCUUCCAAAAAAGCAGCAAAAGCGAAGGCUAAAUCCAAAGCACCUGCUACGACGUCGAAAUGGAGUAAAGGCGCAGCGACUAAGAUUAGAAUCAAGUCAGCUUUCGAACUCGCUAGAGAUAGGAUAAACUGCCGUGUCGCGGAAAUUCUGUCACCUUUUGCGAUUGACGAUGCCAAGGAAGAGUUGGACGACUUGCGCAGACGAACGAAACAUCAUGAGGAUAUUGAAGACGACAAAAAACCACUCGGAGGUUGUCCUGCGUCAACAAGUACUAGGAAGAGGACAAGGACAUCUUCUUCUCUAGACGAAAUGCAGCAAAUCGAGCAGCAGACGAACGGAUUUCGCCAUCUAAACCCCAUGCAGCGAUAUCGCGAGUGUUGUUUGGACCAAGUAAGUGUGGACGGACGCGUGCCUAGGGAUCCCUUCGUUCUCCACUUACAAAGUCGUUGGGCAGCAGAGAACGCGAUUCUUUUUCACUCCCUGUGUCCCGAUUUAGUAAAACUACACGGAGGUGGACUUCUUCAUCAAGAAGAUUCUCAUGUUGUGAUGUCUGAAGGAGGAGAAGCUGCUGCCUCCAGUUAUCGAAAUCGAAGUCCUCACAGCACUUCCACGUGGUCCGCACUACAAAAGCAAGCCGCAGGCUCGCCCACGUCUUGUUCUGCUAAAAGUCAAAGGACUUGGCGUUGGUUCGUGAACUACUACUCGUGGAUUUUACAGGUCCUACGUCCAGCUGAGGGAACGCAACUGCAUCACUACUUUCAUGUCCGGAUCUUAGAGGCGUUGUUGCAACUUGCCCAGUUCAGAGAGGCUAAGAAUUGGAUUCUUACAAAUGCUCUCCUAGGUGCUGCCGCUGCGGAUGAAGAGUUGGCACUUUUUGCUGCUCAUGGAGAGGAAGUAGAGGGUUCCAUCAAUGAAGAUGAAGGGUCGAUGGAUGCUAGCAUUGACGAAGAGGAUCUUAUAUUGGAAGAGGAUGCCGUCGAUGCUAGCGGCCCAAAGAAUAAAGGAUCUGCUAGUAUUCCAAAAAACCUGAAAAGAAUAACAAGUAGGACUUCGGGCGACCACAAGAAAAACGAAGACAACUACAACAAACACAAGAGCACCAAGAACGAUGAAGAAACUAAUAUAGAAGGAAUAGGCAGCAAGACGAGUAAGAAAAGGCGACUCCACCUCGCAGGUACUAGCAGUACUUCUAGUGCAGUGCUUCCUACGGCAAGAGCAUCAGGUGGAGGAGGCGCGGUUUCGUCCUCUACUGCAGCACGUAGAGGUCGCGGACGACCUUCAAGAGACGAGCUGCAAGCUCGUAGUCCCUUAGCCUUGGACUUUUUCGUUUAUGACUUGCUUCUGAGAAUUGGAAGACCGGAAUUGUUCUAUGGUGGAGUUCGUGGACAUCAUGAUGAUUUCGCUCACCGUGAUGUCGAUGCGAGGAUCCAAUAUCUUUUAAGGGAAUUGGACAGACCGAUCCGAGCGAGGCAGAAAACACACAACAAUCAGGUCUUGUUUACACGGUUGAGCAUCUACAAAAUUCUGGUAUACUGGAGGCGACCUAGUACGCAAACAGCUGCAACUGGUACACCUGCAGGAGGAAACCACGGAGGUGGCUACGGAGCUACUACUAGAAAUACUACAACUUCACCAGUGAUCUCCGUAGCAAAGUGGUGUGGGCAGCAGUGGCUGGCUGCGUUGUGCCAAAUCAGCGAGACCUUGCCUGACGAGAUGAGGUUUGAAUACUUCAAAAGAUCGGAUAUCAAACCAUUUAUUCAUAGUACUACGUCAAGCUCAACCACGUCUGCAUCAGCAUCAGUUCUUGUAGCGGCAGGCGCAGGGGAACGUCGUGAAGCAACAACCUCAACAUCCACCUUAACAUCCACUACUGGGAACAUCAACUUGAACUUUUCGAUUCUCAAUCCGAAUCCUCUUUUCGCCGAAGCGAAUGCCGCUUACACGCGAGGAUCCUCGGUCUCGCCGAGCUCACUAAGCGGAAUACGCUUGAUGCUAUCCACGGCGAUUUCUCUGAUCAAUCAGUCUUGCAAAGCUGGUAAGCCUUCGCCUCUUUUAAUCGAAUACGUUUGGGAAGGGUUGCGUCAAAAACUUGUAGUCGCCGGAUCCACACCAGGGCAGACACUGGAGAGUUAUUUGACCUUGUGUGCGGAACACGUACGAGCACAUAUGCGGUGGCGACGAGAACAAAAGAUUCGAGUUGUGGAGCAAGAACAAAAGAUCCAUCGAGAUGGUGCUCUUGAGGAUGUCGAAGUAGAAGUUGAAAAUCUUCAAGAGGACGAUUUGCUCCAGGACGAUGACUGUCAAGACGAGGACGAAGGAGACAAAAAGCCAACAGCCUCAGCCAAGGGCAGGGGAACAAGUGCUUCUUCAUCUUCUAAGGUAAAGGAUAGUGCCAAAGCUAGUAAAGCAUCAAGUGCUAAAGCCGCCAAAGUCAAAGCAACUGCCAAGGCAAAAAGCAAAGCGAAAGCCAAAGCUAAGGCAGGAACAGUUGUGAAAAAGAGUGGGAAGGAAAAGGAUGCGGUGAAAGCACCUCCACCAGCUCCCCGUCGCACAGAAGUGCGCAUUCCAUUACAGAAAAGCGAUCUUGGUCAACUUUUUUGUUCCCUUUUCAAGUGCCUUUUAGCUGGGGACUCAACCGUAGUUUGGCUGUGGAUUUUCGACUUGCUCACCAGCUAUCCGGAUAUUUUUUUACCAGCGUUUAGAGUAACUACGGAGAGGCGGUACCAAAAUGAGGUUGAGGAGGAGGAUCUGAGCAUACUUGAAAUGGUAGCUGAGAUGAUUGGACAUACAGGCGACCUCCACUACGUUCGAGCCAAAUUUAAGGAGAAUUGCUUCAUCCACGACCAUCAAGAUCAAACGCCGUUCAGGCUCAGCUCUACGACUACUAUAUCUUCACCUUCAACUACGAACAAGAACUCGACGAACAAGAACUCGACAACGACAGCAAAUGGCGACAAAGUGGUCUUCGCAAAAAUGCUGGUUCUGGCAAGCUUAGGUCCUACUUUCCGAAACGAAGAAGAGCCUGCACCUCCUGUAGAAUCGGGAUCGUCGAUCCCACGCGGCCUUUCAGUAUGGGAUAGCAUUUUGGCAGAGACCACGAGCUCCACGACCCCAUCUAGAAGUAGACUUACAAGCGGGAGACGAGCGCAAGUAGCCUCCAACAUAGAACGACGUGCUGAUCAUGAUCAAGUGGUGCAGGGGGAUCUAGAUCAAGAUCCAAGAGAUCGUCAAGCACCUACUACAACUACAACUACAACUACGUUGGUCUCUUCUUCUUCAUCCCGAUUCUUGGCCAAUUUCGUUGAGGCUCAGAAACCGAUUCUCCAACGGGUGCUUGUUCCCAAAACAAGCGUAUCCAUAUUCGGUAGUACGAAUGAGGAGAAGAACAGGAACACUUUAGAAGUACUGCAGAAGGUGUGGCGGCUCAUUCUCGAACGCGACAGAAAGCUUUGGGGCACGUCUUUGUCUCAGAUCGCACAACAGAUAGAAUUUGUACAACAACUUGAGGGAAAUAACAAUAGGGUUCUUGAUGUUGAAGAUCCUCUUGAUCUACUGAAGCCAGCUGUACCUAAGAAUAGACGCAGGACGUCAUGAUACUAGAAGCUUUGGCGUCCAUCAAGAUCAAGUGAAAGUCCACGACCAU